AGAAAAUUGAAAGUCCUCAGAAGUGGGUCUCAGUACUCGGUGAUCAGAGAAAGUCGUCGUAUGUGCUCCUUUUUAUUGGAAUGAAUCUAGGAUAAAGAGAGCCACGUUUGAGCCCAGGAGCCUGCUGUAUUAUAUAUAUAAUUUCAGUACUCUUUUCGCCAUAUCAUGAGUUAAAACGCCAGUUAUACCCAUGCAAAUUCGUCGCGAAGGAGCGCAUAGUGCUUCUUGAUGCUGGAGCAGGGCGCUGCGCGCGAUGUAGCGCCCUCUCAUAGCCAAAGUCCCGCGAAGUGGGGCAGCUCGUUUACCUCUACCGACUCGAUGAACGGAACAACGAAAACUGUGAAAUUCUUCCCACAAGAGUAGCUCGAAACGAACAGCACGAGUCCCGCUGCGCAUUAGAGGACGCCGAGUAGAAAGGGAACGCGGGCACUCCGGAUGAAGCGUCAAAAUGACGCAUACAAGCCCCUCUGCAAAAACUUCUAGUACCUAUGGUGUGUCCCUGUCCUUAAAUGAUCAUCUUCUCCUUCAUCGCGUCUGGGCAUCAUCAAGGUGUACUAUAAACAACGACUGCGAGUUCUUCUACUGUGCCAGAACGACGAGUUUGCUUCCAACAUUUUUAGCGGUCAGUUGGCAACAUUGAUUGAUGCAGCACUGAUCACUUCGUACAUAUCAGCAGGAGACUUGCUCCACAAACAUGCCUUGCUGUGGUCCGAAAUCCAAGAGGCUGGUGGAGGAGCUACCGACUCUGCCACCGUCGAUUCGGAGCAGCGGCGAUGUAGAAUUGGAUAUGGACGUGCACGCGGCCGCAUCAGAGGAGCAAGAACUAGGGCUGGUUUUUCAUAGCCACACGUAAAGCAUACAAAACAUCCUGAAGGAAUAGUUCAAGAUUGACUUCUCACCCAGGCCAGCAGAGUGGAUCAAUUACAAACAAAGUGGAGCUACCUCUAUCUCGUCUAGGUCUCGUCUAGCUAUCAUCUCUAAAUUACCGAGAUUUCGUGCGGAUUUUCCGGGCCUCCAAACCGUCACUGUUUGUGCUAAAUCGCGACGCCUUCCAGCAGUUGAGCGCGGCAAACGAUCGCGCAGGCGAAACUACCGGUCAUGACGUAUCAGUUACGGAACUUUUUACAUGAAUAGCUUGAAAACCCUCCAGUAGGUACACAAAAAUACAAAAUCAUCUGUAAGUAGUAUGUCUAGAAGCAAGAAACAAGAAAGUAAAAGCCCCUUGUUGUGAAAGUUUUUCACCGAAGAUGCUCAUGCUCCUUUGUUCAGUUUGUUCGCCGUAACGGCCCACUACUCAAAACUUGUUUUCUAAUUGUUCCUUGUUCAUCUAAUGCGAGCGGAGUCCGCGCUACAGUGGCGAGCGGGGUUUCCGUCACUGAGCGAGAUGUCGAUGACGAAGUUGAGCACUUUCUCUUAUGAUAGAGAGCCCCUCGGGUGAACACCCAUGUUGACCCUAAACAGAUAGAAGAUUCUUUCAAGAGUUCUUAUAAAUAUUCAAGUUGUUGCUGCUUAUUUGAGCAGGACCCAUGCGGAGAUCUCGUUGCAUCAUCUUGAUAACGCAUGCAAGGCGUUUUGGUAAAAAGUGACAGAAAACAACUUGAUCGAUGUAAAUUUAGUUGAUCAUGUUUCAUCUUGGUCAUAGUCAUUGCUUGAUCUUCCAACGCGUAGGCUAAGAGCAAUGGCACUAGAUAAAGCGGUUUGUUUCUUCAGUCCGUGUCGGCGUCUGUCACAUUCCAUCAUCUUCACGGAGACGGAGAAUAUCUGCAUAGGCCGUAGACAUCUAAUUCUAGUAGGGCUUUUAUCUAAUACCUGGCCAACUUCGAGACCAGGAUCCAGAGGGCAUUCUGCGACCAUUUACGGAUGAAGAACUUCGACGGUUUGUUAUCAAGCAUAUAUCAGUGGAGCAGAGUUUUCAAUUUUGCGUACGCGAAGGUCUGGCGCCGCUCUAUCUUCAGCCUAAAUAUCUCGUUUUGCUCUCGGAGAAAGAAGGUACUUUUCCUGAGCAGUUCGUUGGCCUAGAGUCGUACUUUUAGUUAGUAAUUUAUUCUCUGAUGUGCGGCUGCGGUUCACGUGAUGAAGAUGAACACAACGGACGUAAUAAGUUGAAGACUCUUCUAUUUGUAGUCCGCCCACCACGACCUCAUCCUCCGAGUAACUUGUUUCUUUCUUGGAUUUGCGUUUGCACUUCACUCUCGUCCUACUCAACAUCCUUUGACGAAGUAACAAGUCUAAGUGAUCUCCUCCUUGCGGCCGAGGUCAAGCUGAGUAAUGUUUUUACUCUCGUCAGGCAUCGUUAUAGUAACCUACGGCUUUGUUGCGGAAGCCGCAAAAUGUCAAACACAAGUGGUGGGAGACAGGCCAGACAGAAAGUGCACUCCGUGGAUAGCACGACUAGAGCUGCGAUCUUCUACCACUGAGGUCUCAGACCACAAAACUCUGAAUAUUAAGGCUUCCAACUUCGAUUAGUACUAGUAGAAUUUCGCUCGUUGUAGUUGGUUGUGCUCCUGACCCUGAGAAAUUUGCUAAGGGGAAAAAGCUGGUUGAGUGGUGAAUGAAAUUGAUAUUCAUUUUCUAAGUUGAUCAUUUACAAUGUUGUGAUAAUCGGAAACAGAGCUAGAGCUUCAGGAGGCGCAAAAUUAUAUGCUGUACUACAACCCUGUUCGUGUUGGUGAUAAUUAGACAAAAAAACUCUAAGACAAGUAGAGUUUUAAGUCAUUCUAUCUGUCCCGCUCGACAGAUGGUGGACACGCGUGCCUUCAUUGACGCCGACGUGCGGACAUUACGCGCCAAGUACUUCCCCACAUGAAAUCCCGGGUUUCGACGCGCUAGCAAGUGCACCUUCGUCGAAUGAACCUCAGACCCAAGACGAGACACGAGCAAGAACUCCAGGAAAAGCAACAAGAAACCCUUGUUGUUGUCGAACUUCUUCGCUUUGCACACAACGAAGUAGACGAUUGGGAUCGUGCGUUGCUGCAUCUUAUAUAUAUCAUUUUUUACAAUGAAGUAGAAUUCAUUGGAUUCCUCCCAUCUAGACCUACCCGAGUAACGAAAAUUUCAUGAUCUAUCAUGACGCUGCAUGUUGUCGCAAAUGACGGGAAAAUUUGGGGACUAGAUCAGUCCAGCGUCUUUCCCUCUCGUGUUUGUCAAUGAACUAACGCGAACUAACAGCCUUAGCGUGACCUGAGUAGUUUUCUUGCAGGCGCGUAUUCGAAGGUGGGCGGGGGCUCAUUCUUUUAAUUCCGAGUAUGAUCACAAUUUGAUAGUCCCCCGGAGCUGUAGCAUGUGGCUUCCGACUAAAUUCACUUCUAGUUUGAUGCCGUUGCAAGCUUGCUUGUUUGAGUCGUGACUAUCAUCCAUUAGUACUACAAAUUGAAUGAUUCUCAUUCUUACCAACAUUCGUUCCAUCUCAUUUGGUGUCAACAUCUUUUUUACGUCCCUUAGCCGUUUUCGUCCUCGUGAUGUCCGUCCAGUUUUAUUGUUGUUCUGACCCUUUUAGUUUUACGGAGCAUCAGGUGGAGUUCCUUGAUGGAAGACUCCGCUUUUCAGAAGACUUCAAUGAAUUCAUUCGAGCAAUGUGGAGGUUAUGCGAUAUGUUAGACUGUAAGAAUUUUCAAUGAUUCCGAUUCGUGUGUCUUGAUCUUGCGCUGGAGUUAUUACUUAAGUAGCUAGCAUUUGUUUUUCUGCUCUCCUGGUGCUGGAGGUUGGUGUCUGAUUCCUGAGGUACAAAAAGUGGACCAGUACAUUUCCAAACGCGGUUUUGUCAGAGAGGAAAAGUUUGCCAUAGUCGACUCGUGGCGGACAGUGCGGGAAUGAAAUACUGAAAUAAGGGUGUGUUAAUGAUAUCAUUCGAGCAAAGAUAACCAACGAGAACGAACUUACGCGAUUCCGAAUUCAGAGUAUCAUAACGUACUCUGCUUUUUCUUGUACCAGUGGCCCGCUCAUUUUCUAUUCUCUUUCACUGACUACAAUGCAGCAUUGCGGAAUAUUAGCUCCAAACCCAAAGGCGCGGCUUCAACCGCAUCAGGUGGUAUGAUGAAAAUGGCGCAUAAGAA